GAAAAAAAAACCAUAUCCAACUCAUUUUUGUUUUGAAGCACAAAUCCAAAUAGUAGUCCUACCACAAAUAGUAGUCCUACCACAAACGAGAGAUCCCCAAAUAGUAGUCCUACCACAAACGUCCUUGCUCCAACAUUGUCAACGUUGAACAUUCUUUCUUUGUUUUGCAAGAAUAGGAACAUCGAGCUUAGAUUCAGCCCACUACCAUGUCGAUUGAAAGAAGGCAACGAGGUGUGCCACUGACAAUGCACCACCAAAGUGGUAAUAUUCCUCAAGCUGCGCCCCAUCAUCAGUCUCAUCCUCAUCCUAUUUCUUCUGGCGAUGUCAAUGAUGAUUUUAGCCUCAAGGACACUAACCCAGACUUGGGUGAACGGUGGCCGAAUGUUAGUGGAGUUGGUGGUCGUGGUGGUCAUGGAGGAAUGGGGUGGAUGAACAGUGAGAGAUACUCAAGCACUUAUGAUCUUGUUGAGCAGAUGUUUUAUCUCUAUGUCCGAGUGGUUAAGGCCAAAGAUCUUCCUCCAAGUGGCAUUAGCGCAAGUUGUGAUCCUUAUGUGGAAGUGAAGCUUGGAAACUACAAAGGAAGGACCAAACACUUCGAGAAAAAGCUUAAUCCAGAAUGGAACCAGGUUUUUGCCUUCUCGAAAGAGCGAAUUCAAUCCUCAACUCUCGAAGUUUUUGUCAAAGACAAAGAGAUGAUCGGAAGAGAUGAUUACCUUGGGAGAGUAGCUUUCGACUUGAAUGAGAUUCCAACUAGAGUCCCACCAGAUAGUCCUCUGGCUCCACAAUGGUACAGGCUCGACCACCGUCGUGGCGAAGGUAAAGUAAGAGGGGAAAUCAUGGUGGCUGUUUGGAUGGGAACUCAAGCUGAUGAGGCCUUUUCAGAUGCUUGGCAUUCUGACGGCGCUUCAGCCCAUGGCGAGGGAAUCUUCAACAUCAGAUCAAAGGUUUAUGUCUCUCCAAAGCUUUGGUACCUCAGAGUUAAUGUGAUCGAAGCUCAAGACGUUAUGCCAAAUGACCGAAGCCGGUUACCUGAAGUUUUUGUCAAAGCUCAGGUGGGAAGCCAAGUUCUCAAAACCAAUACUUGCCCAACUCGGACUGCUAACCCCCUUUGGAAUGAAGAUUUAAUGUUUGUGGCAGCUGAGCCUUUUGAGGAUCAAUUAGUUAUUACUGUUGAAGAUCGAGUUCACUCUUCAAAAGAUGACUUGUUGGGGAUGAUAACCUUACCUCUCGACAUGUUUGAUCGGCGCCUCGACCACAGGUCAGGCAAUUCUCGUUGGUUUAAUCUUGAGAAGUAUGGUUUUGGCAUUUUGGAGCCUGAUAGGACAAGGAGAGAGCUCAAGUUUUCAAGUAGAAUUCAUUUGAGAGUUUGUCUUGAGGGUGGGUAUCAUGUACUCGAUGAAUCGACCAUGUAUAUAAGUGAUCAAAGGCCUACGACGAGGCAACUUUGGAAACAACCAAUUGGGAUUCUUGAAGUUGGGGUCUUAGGCGCUCAAGGACUUCUACCUAUGAAGAUGAAGGACAACAGAGGGAGCACAGACGCUUAUUGUGUUGCUAAGUAUGGACAUAAAUGGGUUCGAACAAGAACAAUUAUUGACACUUUUAGUCCCAAAUGGAAUGAGCAGUACACAUGGGAGGUUUAUGAUCCCUGCACUGUUAUCACUCUAGGAGUCUUUGACAACUGCCACCUUGGCAGAGGUGAGAAACUGAAUGGUGGUGGCAAUGGAGCCCGCGAUUCUCGAAUCGGAAAGGUUCGAAUCCGACUCUCAACACUUGAAGCUCACCGAAUUUACACGCAUUCGUACCCACUUUUAGUUCUUCACCCUCAUGGGGUGAAGAAGAUGGGAGAGCUCCAACUCGCCGUACGGUUCACAACACUAUCUUUGGCCAACUUGAUCUAUGUGUACGGACACCCUUUGCUCCCUAAAAUGCAUUACUUGCAUCCUUUAACGGUUAACCAAGUGGACAACCUGAGAUACCAGGCGAUGAACAUCGUGGCGGUGAGACUGGGACGAGCUGAGCCGCCACUGAGAAAAGAGGUAGUAGAGUACAUGUUAGAUGUGGAUUCGCAUGUUUGGAGCAUGCGAAGAAGCAAGGCCAACUUCUUUCGCAUCAUGGCUCUUGUCUCAGGUGUGAUCUCGAUGAGCUGGUGGCUAGGAGACGUUUGCACGUGGAAGAAUCCAAUCACAACAGUGCUUGUCCACAUUCUUUUCCUCAUACUAAUUUGCUACCCUGAGCUGAUACUUCCUACUAUGUUCCUUUACAUGUUCCUAAUAGGGCUAUGGAACUAUAGGUUCAGGCCGAGGCACCCUCCUAACAUGGACACGAAGUUAUCAUGGGCGGAGGCAGUCCACCCGGACGAGCUUGAUGAGGAGUUCGACACAUUUCCAACAUCAAAAUCGAACGACGCUGUUCGGAUGAGGUAUGAUAGGUUGAGAAGUGUUGCAGGGAGGAUUCAAACAGUGGUUGGAGACAUAGCAACUCAGGGGGAAAGAGUUCAGUCUUUGCUCAGUUGGAGAGAUCCUCGAGCGACUAGCCUUUUCGUAGUUUUUUGCCUUUGUGUUGCCUUAGUUCUCUAUGUGACACCAUUUAGGGUGGUGGCUUUUGUUGCGGGUCUCUACUACUUGCGGCAUCCUAGGUUCCGAAGCAAGCUACCUUCAGUGCCCAUCAGCUUCUUUAGGAGAUUACCUGCUCGGAUUGAUAGUUUGCUCUAAUACAACUUAUAUGUUGAUAUUAUAUAUUGAUAUUUGAUAUUUGAAAUUUGUAAUUUUCUCUAAAAGUAACGUAUGUUAAUUUGCAAGAGUUGAUUAGUUACAAAUGAAAAAUUAAUUUA